ACAAGUCCCCCGGACGAGUCUUCCUGAAAGAAACCGAAAACCAGAAGAUAAAUCUAAUCCUCCUAAAAUAGAAAUUACUGAGGAACUAACCAAUAAAUUCUCCUCUAUCCCUAAUUUUGAAACUAGAGAAAAAGUAGAGGAAUUACUAAACUCAGUCAAGGAUAAUGAAGAGUUUUUACAACAACACCCAGACCUAACUUCCAAAUCCCCUAAAGAAGUAGUCAUCGCAGCCAAAAG